GGGAAAGAGGCUGUGUCCACCAUGGCCUGGACUCCUCUCCUCCUCCUGCUCCUCUCUCACUGCACAGGUUCCCUCUCCAAGCCUAUGCUGACUCAGCCGGCCUCCCUCUCAGCAUCUCCUGGAGCAUCAGCCAGUCUCACAUGCACCUUCAGCGGUGGCAUCAAUGUUGCUGGCUACCACAUAUUCUGGUACCAGCAGAAGCCAGGGAGUCCUCCCCGGUAUCUUCUGAGGUACAAAUCAGACUCAGAUAAGGGCCAGGGCUCUGGAGUCCCCAGCCGCUUCUCUGGAUCCAAAGAUGCUUCAGCGAACACAGGGAUUUUACGCAUCUCUGGGCUCCAGUCUGAGGAUGAGGCUGACUAUUACUGUGCCAUUGGGCACAGCAGCGGUCCUCACAGUGACACACACAGAUGGGGAAGUGGGACAAAAUCUCACCCUGCUCUGGGUCUUGCUCUGUAACAAUUUUUAAAUUUUAAAAUAACUGGCCUAGGCA